AAUGGAGGACAUCUUCUUUGACUGCUGCAGCGAGAGUGAACACGAAUGCGAGACUGUACUCAUGCAGCGAGAGGGCAUACUCAAGGCUGGAAAAGGGGACGCUACCGACCACUGUUUAUUGCAAAGAAAACCCAAUAAUUAUGACGAUCCGAUGCAGAUACGCGACGUAUUACAUCGUGCCGCGAAUAGUGCACAGAUAUUGCUACGCGGCCUGGGUGGGCAGUGCGAGUACACUAAUUUCGAGCCACGAGGAUGCAUGUGCUCUUAUCCGGCAACGUUGGAGAUCACCGCACGAGUUCACACGGAAUCAUCGUGUGGCUGUCCCCCGCAUUGCCAAUGCAUACUGCGCGGCAGUCCGGUCACACUGAAACUGCCCAUGGAGCUGAAUCCGCACGACGGCCAGGUCAAUGUAAACAUAUUUCAGCCAAGGCCGAAGCAAUUGACUACUGCCGGCGAGGGCGUAGGCGGGGGCGAUAGGCGCACCUCCAAUCCCCCUUCAAUAAACGUGCAGCGGCAUUCACAGCGACGCGAAGGCGCUAGGAAAAUCGGGCGUCGUGUGCGUUGGGAUGCUUAGGAGCUAUGGCGGCAGUUCUUCCAGAUUUUUGUAACUCUAGUGAAAAGCGUGGGUGUUGUUAACACGCACCAGUGAAGAGCGUGGAGAUGUGCUAUUGCAAUUCGAUAGCAAGCCAGAGCAACAAAAAUGUGGUGAAAAGCAUGGGGCAUACGGAUACAGACACUAGCAAACAGCUUGGAGGUGCGUUUGUCAAAUUUGAUAAGGAUCAAAAGCGCGCCUUGCUUAUCGAUAUCACUCGUAUUCGAAAUUAUUUAUUUGUAAAUUCAGUUCGAUUAAAAAAAGCGACAUAUGA